AUGUCUUCUACACAACACGAAGCAAACGUCGCUCGAGGCCUUAAAGCUGCCAUCAACAACCCCAGAGUUUCCGAUGAGGCCAAGGAAAGCGCUCAACAGCGACUUGACAACAUUGAAGGGGCUACAACGGAGCAGCCCACAACAGAGCACGAGAACCGCGUAAUGGGCGGAUACAAAGCUACUUUGAGUAACCCAAACACGUCUGACUCCGCUAAGCAGCACGCCCGUGAAAUUUUGGAUGCUGCUAGCGUGGAGGAUUAUUCCGGUUCCAAUCAAGCUGAGUUCGAUGAACACCAGACUCGCGUCCUGGCUGGAUACAAAGCCGCCCUCAACAAUCCUCGCGUUUCUGCAGAAGCUAAAAAACAUGCUGAAACUUACUUGAAAGAACAAGGAGCUUUGUAA